GUGAUUCUCUACAUAACCCUAACCCCCAUCAUACAUUUCGCUCCGAGCGAGACUGCGUCAUCCCCGUCAGCUACCCUAGUUAGGGAGCUUCACCUUGCAUCCUCCACAAUCCUUCUCGAGAAUUGUGUUUCUCACCCAACACCCAACAACAACACCGAAAUAUGGCAGCAGAAGCCGAAUACUGGUCAUUCCCGACCAAUGUGGAGGAGUUCGAUCAAGACGAGCGCAUCUCAUAUUCCAAGCUCGACAACAAGUACAUCGCUGUGCAGGAAGAUGGCACCGAGUUCGAAUUCGACGAAGGGCUCAAGCGUUGGAUCCCCAUGAUCGACGAGGCCUUGAUUGAGGAACAGCAGAAGGGGUACAUGAUGCCGAAUGCCGACGCAGAGGAUGACCGGCGGGGAUCCGCGCUGGGGAGAAAGAGGAAGAUGGACUCGAACGAUCGCGAGGACAACAACCACAAUAGCAAGAUGGAUCGUUCGUCCAAACCCGGAAAGCGGCAUGGGAACCGCGGGCCGCCCCAGCCCAAGCAGAAUACGGCCGUCUACGUGACCGGCCUCCCGCCCGACGCCACGGCCGAAGAGGUGGCCGAGCUCUUCUCGCGCAAGUGCGGCGUCAUCGCCGAGGAGAUCGACAGCGGCCGGCCGCGCAUCAAGAUGUACACGGACGCCGACGGCAACUUCAAGGGCGACGCCCUGAUCGUCUUCUUCAAGCCGCAGUCCGUCGAGAUGGCCAUCAUGCUGCUCGACGACACCGACUUCCGCUUCGGGUCGUCCUCCACCCCCAAAAUGCGCGUCCAGGCCGCCGACUCGAGCUACAAGAAGACCAAAUACGACGGCGGCGACGCCAAACCAGGCGAAGCCAGUAACAACAACAACAACAACAACAGUAAUAACAACAUCACCGGCCGCUCCUCAGACACUGCCAGCGCCAACCAGCGCAGCAACCAGGACAAAGCCAAGAUCAUCAAAAAGACCCAAAAGCUGUCCGCCAAACUCGCCGACUGGAGCGACGACGAGACCGCCGACGGCGAGCCCACCUCCACCAGCACCACCACCGGUACCACCACCAGCAGCAAACACGACCGGCUCGUGAUCCUGCGGCACAUGUUCACGCUGGCCGAGCUGCGCGAGGACCCGACGGCGAUGCUGGACAUCAAGGAGGACAUACGGGAGGAGUGCGCCAAGCUGGGGCCCGUGACCAACGUGGUGCUGUACGACGAGGAGGAGGAGGGCAUCGUGAGCGUGCGCUUCCGCACGCGCGAGGCCGCCGAGGCCUGCCUGCGCCUCAUGCACGGCCGCGCCUUCGCCGGCCGCAUCGUCGAGGCCUUCUUCGCGACGGGACGCGAGAAGUUCCGCCGCUCCAAGGGCGAGGUGGGCGGUGGGCGGGAUCGGGGGAGUGGUGACGAGGAUUGAUUGAUUGGUUGGUUGACUGGUUUAUCUAUUUAUUGGUUAAUUUUCGGUAACUACCUGUAGACCCCCAAGGGCUGGGUCUCUCGUCUUGGUGUUUAACGGCCUGUGUUCUUUUUCAUCGCCCUUCGGUUGUGGUCGAGUUGGUAGCUUAUGCCUAGAACAACUCGGCUGGUUUCGUCUGGGUUUGUAUGAAUAAUUAUCGGUUCAAACCAUCACUUUACUUCUGCACCCUGCAAUAAAGUCGGGCCAUGAGAUCACCUGUUUCCCGAGG